AUGUUAUCUUAGUUAAGCUUAAUGCGGUAUUUCACGUCAAUCAUGAGCUAACUAAUCUUUUCUGUUCAAAAGCGUUUGUCAACGAACAUUUAGGGUGCCUCGGAGAAAGAAAGAAAAGAAUCCGUUGAGACGAAAUUACCGUAUUUUGUUGGAUCGUACACUUGCUAAACUCGCCUCUGCCGGGUUAUGUUUUCGUUGAAGAAACAAUGUUUACUGAUUUUAGACGACUGUUUGUUGUAUAAAGCUUUGGAUGAGAAGUAAACUAGCGCUUAUUCCGUUAGGAGAAUUAAGCUUAUUUGACUGGUGCUUUCAUCAAUGGGGAUAUCAUGUUCCAACACUGUAACGCUAGCAAAAGACAACCAAGUUUCACGAUCUACACCGUCAACAAAUGGAUCCAUCUCUAUCAAUACUACAGCAAGUAAAACCAUUCAAUCAGCUUCCGUGUGGAAUCCAUUUAGCAUCACUAGAGCAGAAGCAGAAGAUCUCCUUCAAGAAUCAGACCCUGGUUCAUUCGUGUUCUCUUACGACAUGACAUCAGAAUUAUUUCUUUCUUUAAGUGCUGGUAAAUAUGUUUGUCAUCAUUCGGUCGUCACACGAGACAACUCGUAUUACGUCGGAGCGAAAAGAUUCGACACAGUGGGAGAAGUUAUUGGCUAUUUCAAAGACCACCCUCUAGGAGAAAUAACUUUAAAAGAAGAGUAUAAGAAACCUUCAUUAAAUACAACAAAUAUUCAAGUAAAACAGCAUCCAGAUGUCUUAAUCCAGUCCCCUGCAACAGCGAGCAGUAGCGAUGUCAGCUCAUCUGAAAACGAGAGUCGAAAAGUCACACUCACGCAACUACCCAAUCAGGCACCAGAAACGAGUCCUGCAAUAAGACGUUAUCAGCAUCAAAGAGCUACCGUUCCCGUCGAACGAAUAGACGAAGAAGAAUACGACGCUAAUAACAAAACAGAAAUGGUUGAACGAAAUAACAGAGCGAACAGAACGACGAACAGCUCGUUGCGUUUACCUCGAAACAAAAUAGAACCAUUGCCUAGAAAACCGUUGCUACGGUCUGAAGCAAUAGACCAAGAUCAGCAAGAAUCGUCCUCAUCUGGAGCUGAUCGUGAAGUCCCAAGCAGUAUAUCUCUGAUGCCGCUGAUUCCUCAACAAGAUUAUCAAAUGAGAUCAUCUCCCUUGAUCAGCUGACAAGAUUAUCCAAUAGGAAUACUCCAAGUAAUCAGCUGACAAACUUAUCCAAUGGGAUUUCAUUAAUUCAUUAGCUGAAAAGAUUAUCCAAUAGGAUCGCUCCAAGUAAUCAGCUGACAAACCUAUCCAAUGGCCCUUCACAACAAGGAUAUCCAAUAGGAUGCUGGCAAAUAAUCAGCUGACAAAAAUAUCCAAUGGGAUUUCACUAAAUCAUCGGCUAACAAGAUAAUCCAAUAGGAUCACUCCAAGUCAUCAGCUGACAAAAAUAUCCAAUCGGAAUUGACAAAAUUAUCACAACGAUAUCAUGACGUGAGUGUCACGCACACAAUUCAAACCUCUUCAAAUCAAAAAAAUUUAAUUUUUAGAUUUUUUUCAGGAUGACCUGCAGUGUAGAUAUAUAUUACGAAGAAGUGGUCAUACGCCAUCCUUUUUAUCUAGACGUGUAUAUUUUUUAGAUAAAAGGAUGUAUUUAACGUCGAUAGCCCAGCUCAAAGAUCUGUGGUACUAUAUGUUACCAUAGUUAUCGUGCCGACAAUCACGUGGUUCCGUUAGAACCAAUCAAAACACAUGCGUUAUUCAUAAGAAAACCGUUGUAUAAUAGUUGUACAAUGAUGAAUAUAGAAUAUAGAUAAGGAAAAUUUUAAAUAUGAGAAUUCUUUUGUAGUUUAUAUGCACCCACUAUUUUAAUUUGUUUGUCACAAGUAUAUCUAUGCCUGAGUCAAACGAUUGAGUGAUGAACACAGGAAAAUCUCUUUCAACCCUUUGGCCAGUACUCCCAGUUCGGCCUACCUCGACCUCGAAAAACAUUAUAACAGAAAAUUAACCAGUCGUGAUAGAGUAGCUGAGAGAGACUGGAAAAUAGUGAACAACCGCUGCUUAUGAUAUACGCAGGUGCAAAUAUGUCAGGCUGAGUAAAUUCUUCGCUUGUACUUUACACCAUAGCCGCCAUGUUGGUGGUAUUUAUUUAACGAAAUAUUUCUCAUUAACAUCCAUUGUCAAUUCCACCAACAUGGCCGCCAUGUCUUUCUCGUUUGAAACUCUUGGAAAUGAUUGGGAGCAUCAACAUGUAGGAAAAUUUAAAGCUUCAUGGAAACAUCAACAUAGUUGAUUUUAAAUUUAUUAUUUAUUUAUUUAAUCUGUUUAAAUUAACCUACCCAAAUCAAAAAUGAAUGAUAUAUAAGUUAUAAUGACCGCGCUCGAUUUUAGGUUACUGACGACUAUAGAGCGUUUUCACGUGACGUCACAGCGGGCAUUAUGGGGUACCAAAACAAUACAUUUUCAAUCCUCCGGGAACUGAACUCUAUUUUAUGCAAAUGCUGUGUAGAAAGUUUCUAUUGUUUAUGGCUGUCUUCUCACGUGAGUGAAAACGCUCUAUAGCAAAGUACAGCAGGUACAGUAUAGGAUAUAUAGGAUCGAUCUUUGGGCUUUCACUUAGUUUGGAGCCUAGAUCUGUUGUGAUUGUCCCACGCUGUGAUACAACAGCAAAAAGCUUUGUAGAUAUACUUGGUAGAUAGUGAGCUUACGACGCGGGAAUGACCUCCUGAAAAUGAAGGAGAAGAAAGAACAUGAGGAAACAAGUUGCAGUACUAUGAAA